AUGUCGAGCGAGAGACCCGUUAUCUUCGGCGGCGUGCCGGAUGUGCUGUUCCUGAUCCUGAGCAUGGGCGAUGCAUCAACCAUCCCAGUGCUGUGUCUCCUGAACAAGGCUACCUACGAAACCAUCAAAUCACACGAGGCGUUUCUAUGUACAUCAUAUUUGCGACUCCACGAUUUCAAUCCGCCCUUGGACAAAAUUUUGACAAUGGACCCCAGUACUGGCCAUAAAGCUCCGCUCAGUUUUGUCAAUCUGCAGAAAUGGGUGUUUCGUCGGCAGACGGCCCUGAUGUUGGCUUCACGGGUUGCUCGAUCGGGCUGGGGCGCCUGGUGGGCGAUCAAAGGUGGUGCCGGCGAAAUGGAUGCAGAGGCAGAGAUGUUUCGACAACGCGUGGAAAGGGGGUUGUAUGUCAUGUUUCACAUGUCGGAUAUUGCUCGAGACAUGGAGAGCAUUAAGUUGCGACCGCAUAGAGUUGCAUGCAGCAUAUAUCGAGUCUUAUUGUUGAACUGGCUGCCGUAUGUACGAUUUGAGACAACGGGACUUUCUCGCAACUGGUGGUUCCCUCGACACAUGUCCCAUAUCUAUGUGGUAUUAUUACGGAUGAUGCAGCAACGCCAAAUCGGAAAGUUGAGAUGGCAAUUCCGCCAAAUGCUUGAUCUCGAACGACGGGUCGAUUUCCACAUUGCACUACAAAUGUUGCGACAGUUUUUGGAAACCAUCAUCUUCGCUCAUUGUCCAGAUGAUGACGCGAGUAUCAGCAGUAUUGGAAGCGAGGAUGUCGACGUUACAAACUGGUUUCUCCUCCGACAAAGCGCGCAUUCCCUUGAGGAGAUAUUCCUCGAGCUCCCCGAUCGAGACUGUUGUAGCAUCGAAGAUCGUGCUCGAAAAGAAAAAGACGGCGUGUUGCCCGUAUGCGACUAUUCGGAGGCGCUGAAAGAAUACUGGGAUGCGCGCAAUGGCGACGAAACUGUCGACUGCCGACAGUGCGAAGCAUGGCUGAGAAGUUCAAGCACACAGAGCAUCCUCAACGACUUUUUUGGACUACAUGCGCUUGACCUUGGCAAGGAGUGGGUUCGCCAGAUGCGUGGAGAAGGCGAGUUAUUUGAAGGAUAA